AAUAAAAUAGGAGUAACCAAAACAACAAAAAAAAAAAAAAGAAAAUAGUAAAAGAAAAGAAAAAACUACACACAAUUUGUUUAAAAUAACAAAAAUGAAAAGAAAAAUGUUUUAAUUUGUUAAGUUUUUAUAAAAUAUUAAACGCCGACUAUCCAUUAGUAAAUAGUUGAAAUAAAUUCUGUAAUCAUAUAGCUACAGAAAUAACUAUGUAUACAAAAUAAUUUGUACAAUAAAAAUCUGACGAGAAAACAAAAGAUAACGUGGCAAAAAAACAACAACAAAAUUGAUAAAAUAUACCAGUUAGCCAAAAGAAAGUAUAACAAGAAUCUCCCAAAUGAGAAAAACUAACUAACGGAUGUAAAUAUCUACUAAAAAUAUAAUAAAUCUUCAGCUGGAGUUAAUAAUACAACCCCACAGAACAGAAACAUCUAAAAAAGCCAAAAUGACAGAGGAAACAUUUAUGUUAGUUAUGCUAGUAAUAGUGAUGUUAGUGGGUUCAUAUAUGGCAGGCAGUAUACCACUAGUAAUGAAGUUAAGUGAGAAAAAGCUCAAACUAGUUACUGUCCUGGGAGCGGGCCUAUUAGUAGGCACAGCCUUAACUGUUAUUAUACCUGAAGGCAUAAGAUCUCUAUACACAGAAGUGGAAACACCAAUGUUAACUAAAACUACCGCCAAUACAGCAGAAGCACCUACUUUACAUUCGCACGACGAGGAAAAGGAUCAUUCUCGCACUAUUGGUUUGUCGUUAGUAUUGGGUUUUGUCUUUAUGAUGCUGGUGGAUCAAAUAUCACAAAAACGACAAAAAGAAUCAUCUCCCAGCGAUAAAAACAUAACAGCGACCUUGGGUUUGGUGGUACAUGCUGCUGCUGAUGGUGUGGCUUUGGGGGCAGCUGCCACUACCAGUCACAAAGACGUCGAAAUGAUAGUGUUCCUAGCAAUUAUGCUGCAUAAAGCACCAGCCGCUUUUGGACUAGUCAGUUUUUUGCUGCAUGAAAAAAUCGAACGACAACAGAUACGCAAACAUUUAGCAAUAUUCUCUUUAUCGGCCCCUCUCUUAACGCUACUCACCUACUUUGGCAUUGGACAAGAACAAAAGGAAACCUUAAAUUCUGUCAAUGCCACUGGCAUAGCUAUGCUCUUUUCGGCGGGCACCUUUUUAUAUGUAGCAACAGUUCAUGUUUUACCCGAAUUAACACAAGGUGGACAUUCUCAUGCCUCAUCGCAUUCUUCCCAAUAUCGUCUGCUUGAAGAGAAUGCCGACCUGCCAACACAAAUCGUCCCAUCAAACGGUUUGAGCUGCAGUGAACUUAUUAUAAUGAUAUUUGGCGCAUUAUUACCAUUAGUGAUAACAUUUGGCCAUCAUCAUUAAUAAAAAAAUCUAGUAUAAUAAAUUAUUUGUAAAUAUAUACACUAUAUACAAAGCAGGGUGUUCCCAAAAUAGAAUUGAACGUUUAAAUAACUCAAACUGUUGUGUUUGGGUGAGCUUUAUGAAUGAGCUUAUACGCAGACAAUGGGUCUGGGUUUCAAAGUUAAAAUUUCUCUAGGAUUAAAGGGUCCUUUUUUCGAUAAUCCAAUGUAAUCAUAAAGUGUUAUAUAUCAAUGAAAAGCUUAAGAAAUUACGUGUAUAAAGAUAUAUAGAAAUACAGAAAGAAUCAUAAAAACCUUAUAUUGACGUCAAGACAAAAAAAUGAUAUUGCAUUUUAGAAUGAACUAAAUUUUGUUCUCGGCAAGAAUAUCAGCAACUUCCAUUUUGGGAUCACCCUAAUAUACAUAUAUUAAGAUUUAUAAAGAAACAUAAAUAUAUGAUGCUAUGACAUACGAAAUCAUGAUCAAAAUAAAAGUUUUACAUUUAAUGUAUAAAAAAGCGCUUAAUUUAUAGAACGUUAAAUAAAAAUUUUAUUUGUGAGGAAAAA